UGCGGUUGCUGAGAAAUGGCCAAUGAGAAUCACGGAAGCCCUGCGGAGGAAGUGUCUCUCAUGAGUCACUCACCUGGCACCUCCAACCAGAACCAGCCCAGCUCCCCCAAACCUAUGCGACUGGUACAGGACCUGCCAGAUGAGCUGCUGCAGGCUGGCUGGGAGAAGUGCUGGAGCAAGCGGGAGAAUCGCCCUUACUACUUCAAUCGCUUCACUAACCAGUCUCUGUGGGAAAUGCCUGUUCUGGGACAGCAUGAUGUCAUUUCAGACCCUCUGGGAUUGAAUGCGGCUCCGAUGCCACUGGAAGGUGGGAUGAUAGACACCUCUGUGGAGAGCAAGCAAAGGAAGAGGAGAUUCUCUGAGGAGGUUCCACCGAGCGGCAACAGUGUGAAAAAGCCCAAGGCGGACGUCCCAGGGAACCCAGCUGCUCAGACUGUCCCCAGCUCUCCCAGUAUUCCAGGAACCUCUGUUUUGAAGGCGUGGUGUGUUUCACCUGAAGAUAAACAGCAGGCAGCUCUUUUACGACCAACUGAAGUAUAUUGGGACCUGGAUAUUCAGACGAACGCGGUGAUUAAGCAGAGAGCACCAUCUGAAGUACUUUCUCCACACCCUGAGGUGGAGCUGCUUCGAUCCCAGCUCAUUCUCAAGCUGCGGCAACAUUAUCGUGAGCUCUGCCAGCAGCGAGAAGGGAUUGACCCCCCAAGGGAGUCCUUUAAUCGCUGGAUGUUGGAGAGGAAGGUGGUGGAUAAAGGGACAGAUCCUCUUCUACCGAGUGACUGUGAGCCAGUAGUGUCUCCUUCCAUGUUCAGAGAGAUCAUGAAUGACAUUCCCAUCAGGUUAUCCAGAAUCAAGUUCCGUGAGGAAGCCAAGAGACUGCUGUUCAAGUAUGCUGAGGCUGCGAAACGGCUGAUUGAAUCCAGGAGUGCUUCACCAGACAGCAGGAAGGUGGUGAAGUGGAACGUGGAGGACACCUUCAGCUGGCUGCGACGGGACCAUUCUGCCUCUAAGGAGGACUACAUGGACCGCCUGGAGCACUUACGCAAACAGUGUGGGCCCCAUGUGUCUGCUGCAGCAAAGGACUCUGUUGAAGGCAUCUGCAGUAAGAUUUACUACAUAUCCCUUGAAUACGUCAAGCGGAUCCGUGAGAAGCAUCUUGCUAUCCUCAAAGAGAACAAUAUAUCUGCUGAGAUAGAAGCUCCUGAAGUCCAGGACAGGCUCGUAUACUGUUACCCAGUGAGACUGGCUGUCCCCUCCCCACCACUCCCCAGUGUGGAAAUGCACAUGGAGAACAAUGUGGCAUGUGUGCGGUACAAGGGGGAGAUGGUGAAAGUGAGCCGCAACUACUUCAGCAAGCUGUGGCUUCUCUAUCGGUACAGUUGCAUUGAUGACUCUGGCUUUGAAAAGUUUCUGCCCAGGGUUUGGUGCCUUCUCCGUCGAUAUCAGAUGAUGUUCGGUGUGGGUCUGUACGAAGGAACUGGUCUGCAGGGGGCACUUCCCGUGCACGUCUUCGAAGCCCUCCACAAACUCUUUGGAGUGAGUUUUGAAUGCUUUGCCUCGCCCCUGAAUUGCUAUUUUAAACAGUACUGUUCGGCCUUCUUGGAUACAGACGGGUAUUUUGGAUCCAGGGGCCCGUGCCUGGAUUUCUUCCCUAUAAGUGGCUCGUUUGAGGCAAAUCCUCCGUUCUGUGAGGAGCUGAUGGAUGCCAUGGUCUCUCACUUUGAGAAACUGCUGGAGAACUCCAGUGAGCCUCUCUCCUUCAUCGUCUUCAUCCCCGAGUGGCGGGCCCCUCCUACACCAGCCCUGACCCGCAUGGAGCAGAGCAAGUUCAAGCGGCACCAGCUCAUCCUGCCAGCCUUUGAUCAUGAAUACCGCAGCGGGUCUCAGCAUAUCUGCAAAAAAGAGGAGAUGUACUACAAGGCCGUGCACAACACAGCCGUCCUCUUCCUGCAGAACAGCGCGGGCUUUGCCAAGUGGGAGCCGACACCGGAGCGGCUGCAGGAGCUCGUUGCAGCCUACAAGCAUUCAGGCCGGACCCUGAGCUCCUCAUCCUCUUCCUCCUCGUCCUCUUCCUCCUCCUCCUCCUCCACAGCAGACAAAGAGCGGGAGCUGGGCCGAGAGCAAAGCAGCAGCCGGGAGACUAAUCCCAACUAAGAUGCAGAGGUGCGAGGCAGCAGGGGAGGUGCCGGCGGCCCCGAGGAGGCU